AUGUUAAAAGCAGAGUCAAUUAGUACAUUAAGUGAUCAUGAAGAUGAUAUUGACAAUUUGGAAGGUUCUAUAAUAUGGUCCCAAGAGGAGCCACUUUCUUCCAAUGAAAUAUUGGAAUUAUCGGUACAGGAUGAAAGAGAAAACAGCUUAUUUACUUUUUGUCGGUUAUGUGCUGGUCAAACCACUAAUCCAAUAUAUAUUUAUUCUGAAUCUGGCGAAUCAAUGAAAUUGGCACAUAAAAUAAAUACAUGUCUAAGCGUUAAGAUUAAGAAGACAGACCCAUUACCAAAGCAGCUUUGUUUGACCUGCGUUGAGAAAGUAAACUGGUGUGAUACAUUUGAUACACAAUGCAUUAAAGCAGAGGAAAUUCUGUCAACGAUGUUAAAGGAGAAACAAUCUUUUAACAUUUCCGAUCGACUUUCUUCUGAUCAACAAUCCUGUCCUUUAUGUAUAAAGGGUUUCAUGAAUACGUGUGAGGAGACAUUACAGAAUAUGAAAGAUACCGAAUUAUACGAGAAUGAUAUAAUUCUAGAAAGCAGUGAUGAAGAGAACAUUUUUAACAACGCAAAGGUCAAUAAGGAAAGCGGAAAUCGUUCUAUUACACUGCAAUGUCUGGGAAUUAAACAGAAAUAUUUAAAAUGUGGAGCGUGCAUGAAUCUUUAUCACACUGAGGAAACACUAGAUAGUCAUAAGUGUAAGCCUAGUGUACAGAAUACAACAAAACCGUACAAAUGUCUCGUAUGUGAUAAGACGUUUACUUUUGAGGAGAGAUUGAACUUUCAUAUGCAAUUUCACGAAGGCGCGAAAGCAUUGUACUGCGAGGUCUGUAAGAUAACGUUCGGUAAAGAGUUGAAGCUGUUCUAUCACUAUAAGAGACAACAUUCCAAGGAGAUUAGCGUAUCGUGUCUACAAUGCGGAAAGUUAUUUGAGAAUCAGGAGACGCUUCGAGUUCAUGUUUGCGUCGACGGUAAAAAUCGACCUCACAUUUGUGAAGUAUGCAACAAAGGCUUUUUUGAUGGCUACACCCUGAAGCGUCACAUAGUGACGCAUCUGCCUGAGAAACCUUACAAGUGCUCGGAGUGUUCGAAGAGCUUUACACAGAAAUCAAGAUUGAACAAGCAUGUCGCGAGCCACUGCAUAGUUAUCGAGAACAACCAGACGGUCUGGAAAUGCAUCCAAUGCGGUGAAGUGUUCGUCUCUUGCGAUGAUGCAGAUAUUCAUUAUAAGAUAGUACAUGAAGACAAGAUCACAUUGAUUGAGGAGCUGUUGACAUCAAAGCUAUACCAUUGUGAAUUUUGCAACAGUCAUUUCAUCAACGCGGACAACUUGAAAGCUCAUCAAAAACAUCAUGUUAUCGAAAGACCCUACACGUGUAAUACAUGCAUGGCUACUUAUAAAUCGUUCGCUGAAGCUGUUUUGCAUUGGAAGGAACAUCCUAGAUUGUUUAAAGUGCUCACCGUUUUUCUAUGCGAUAUCUGCAACAAAGAUAUGAAAGAAUUAUCCUUGCUGUACAAGCACAAGCAAAAUAGACAUGACCGUGAAUCUAGAUUAUCUGAGUCGGGCGACGCAAAGUUUAUCUGCGAACUCUGCGGGAACUUCUUCGACAAAUGUGAAGAUAUAAAGGAUCACGGACGAGAUCAGUGUUCCAAGUUCCCCUGUGAUAUUUGUGGCAGCCUGUUGCCUACAGCAAACUCGUUGAACGCGCACAAAAGGCGGCAUAACGGAUUAAGGCCGUACGUCUGUAAUAUUUGUGGAAAGAGUUACACUCAGUCCAGUCAUAUGUGGACUCACAAGAGAUUCCAUAUGGGCAUCAAGCCUUACGCUUGCGAAUAUUGCGAUCAACGUUUCACUAUAAAGCCAGACUUAGCGGAUCAUGUUAGGAAGAAACAUACGAGGGAGAGACCAUUCAAGUGCGACGUGUGCAAUAAGGCUUUCCUGACUGGGUCCGUGUUUUACCAACACAGAUUGAUACACCGUGGCGAUCGCAGAUACAAGUGCCAUUAUUGUGAAAAGGCUUUCACUAGAACGGAGGCUUUGAAUAACCACAUCAAGAUACACACCGGGGAAAAGCCACACUCGUGCGACGUAUGUGGCAGAUGCUUCAGACAGAAAGGAGAUAUGAGAAAACACAGACGCACCAAGCAUGCUUCCGAACAUGAUAAAUCUUGA